AUGCCUUUAGGACCGACCCGCCGUCUCAUACUGCUGCUCAUCCUGGGAGCUGGCAUAUGCUCCGUCUUGUACAUCUCGUCCUUCCGACCACCCAUCGCAAGUCGCCCGGGAGGCAUCGCCAAUCCCGCCCAGGCACCGCACGACAUCGGCAGCGCUACCCUGACCGGACCCGCCAUCGCCCCCAAGCUUGGGAACGAGACAGCAAAGGCGGAGCUAGGCAACGCCGCGUGGAAGCUCCUGCACACGACCUUUGCACGCUUUCCCGACAACCCCACCCCGGACGAGCAGGUUGCGUUGAAGUCCUACAUCCAUCUGUUCCAGCGCCUGUACCCAUGUGGCGAAUGCGCCCAGCACUUUUCGAAGAUCCUCGAGAAAUUCCCGCCUCAGGUGUCGUCACGGUCGGCGGCGGCGGCAUGGGGCUGCCACGUCCACAACGAGGUCAACCAGCGACUGAAGAAAGACAUUUUUGACUGCUCCAAGAUCGGGGACUUCUACGAUUGCGGAUGCGCCGACGCCGACGAGGAUGAGGUGAGCGGCAAGAAGGACAGCACAGUGAGCGCCCACGAAAAGCCCGACAUGCCGGCGGACAGAGUCGAGAAGCUGAGCGGCGAUAACGGGAGGGAAGUUGAUCUAGCAGGCAUUCUGAACGGCGAGAAACCGCUCGAGCUGGAGAAGGAGGGGUGA